AAACAACAUAACCACACUUUUCGUUUGAACACAGUAUUGGGUGUAUAGUUUGGAUUUAUUUUUCGUUGCAAUGCUACGGAAUAUUUUUGCACAAAUAACGCCACAUCUGCGAAGACGAAACGGUUUUUUGCAGCCACAACCGUUGCCAUUGAUUCAAAAUCAUCUGUUUGAAAGUAUAUAUGUGAAUAAAACCGCGGAGGAAUGGUUAAAACAACUUCCCGAAGACCAGAUGAAGCGAGUACGGCUGAUACAGAAUGAGAUCGCCUUGAAAAUGACCGAAAUGAAGAAAACACCAGCCCUUGACCGAUUAACAAUAGCCGAUUAUGAAGAAAUGCUGGAGAUGUCGACCAGCCGGAGGCAAAAAUAUUAUCACUAUUUGUUUGUGACACAAACAGCGGAUACACGGAGUGAUAUGAAGAAAAAGAUUCGGGACCUGAUAUUAGAAGAGAAAAAGGCUAACAUCGCCGAUGAAACACCAAAGCAUAUCGAUUAUGGCUUAGGAAAGAAUACACUCUUAUUGAAAGUGACUAACAAAUCGGUAAUCACUUGGAGGAAUCGAAAACUACAUCGUGCUUUACUAUUGAAUGAGCCGCCAUUGGUGUUUGACUGUGGAUUCCAAGAUGUAAUGUCCAAAUAUGAGAUUCGUGAUGCGGCGCGUCAGUUGAAAUAUGCAUUUUCAGAGAAUCGAUUGGAUAGACGACCAUUUGUGAUGCAUUUGUGUAACAUGAACAAAGAUUCAAAGCUUUGGCACGAGCUAGCAAAAGAAAUGCUAAACAUUGAAAAACUUCCGAUCAAAGUCCAUUCCGAAGACAUAACGGAGGUUUUUCCCAGCAAAAAUUUGGUUUAUUUAUCACCCGAUGCCGAAGAUGUUAUCCAGGAAUUUAAUGAGGACAACACAUAUGUUGUGGGCGGUCUUGUUGAUAAAGCCACCCGCACCCCAGUCACAUUGGCCAAAGCAAAACGAUUGAAUAUCCGUUCAAUGCGAUUGCCACUCGACAAACACAUCAAAUUUCAUUCACACAAAACAUUAACGCUCGAUCAGAUGAUAUUGAUUAUGCUGGAAUUGAAGCGAUCACAAGAUUGGAAGAAAGCGCUGCAACGCGUACCAAAACGCAAAAUUUUUGGAUAGACAAUUGUUACGUUAUUUUGAACAUUAAAUAAAAUCAAAUGAAUUUAAAACCAAAUUAAUAGUAAAAAA